GGUUGCAGUUCCACCUCCGUCCAGCUAGAGGGCCCUCGUGGUUUCUGGGUGCGCUGGAAACUACUCCGCUCUCAAAGAAGGAAAGCAACGAAAGGAGAGAAGACGGAGUGCACUCUCGAAGGUUGAAGCACGGAGCCAUGGCUCGUGGGCAGCAGAAGAUUCAGUCCCAGCAAAAGAACGCAAAGAAAGCAGCAGAGAAGAAGAAAUCUCACGGUGCCGACCAGAAAACCGCUGCCAAGGCUGCGCUGGUCCACACCUGCCCUGUCUGCCGGACCCAGAUGCCUGACCCGAAAACCUUCAAGCAGCACUUUGAGAGCAAACACCCCAAGUCCCCGAUGCCUCCGGAGCUGGCCGACGUCCAGGCGUAACGGACCACUGAGAUGAUGAAAAUGGGUGAAAAAACAUGAUGACCACAGACGACUCGGCUGCGUUGCCUGGCGAUGUUGACGAACUCGGGACCUGUCAGUAUUCAGCGGCGACGGGGGAGACGCACAACAGAAACCUGGGCAGACCAACACCAGCAGCCCCCCACUUCCCCCCACGUUUAAAAAUAUAUAUUUAUUACAUGCAACUAACUUUUAGUGUAACAGAUUUCAGUUCUUCCACCAAUUAUAAUAUUCUUCCACUGCAACAAAAAGUAAAUUUCAUGUUAAAAAUUUUCCCCCAAAGACUGAAUUCACUGUACGUUGUUUUUUUUAACAUUUUCAAUAAAGCAAUCGAUAUAUUUAA